GCACAUGGCCCCUGUUCGGGUGGAUCGCCCAGGCGCCGUGGCGGCUGCCCGAUCGGGGCGCCGAGACGGCCGCGCUGGUAGCCGGGGAGAAGGUGUUCCUGGAGUGGGCGCGCGACCAGACCUACACAGUGCCAAACGAGGUGGAGGCGGUCCUGCGGCUGCGCGACGAGAAGAUGCAGCGAGGUGGCGCUGUGAAGAACCGCGAGGACUGGCCAAUCGCCGACCGCGUGGAGAAGCUGGAGCAGGGAGGGCAAAGUGAAGGGACUGAUGAAAAAUUCCACCAGGGUCGUCAAAAAAUUGUGCUGCAAAACGCCAAGGUGCUGUCCGCAUUGGCAAAGCUCUUGCUGCAGAUGCAGGAAAACGAGGCUCUCCGCCGCUUGGAAGUUAUGCAAUGCAAAAGCAUCGUACUAGUAUUAAGUGCAUUACAAACUAGCCCAGCAUUACAAAUUGAAUUUGUAAUGCUGAUUUAGCUUGGGAAAAAGAUUUGUAAUGCAUAAAUGCCAUUAAUACGAGUGCGAUACUUUUGCACAGGAUAGAAGUCGUGUACGACCCAAAUCGGCGCCUGGUCUAUCCUGAGUAAAAACGUACCCACACCAUAGUUGUCAUGCAAAUCGGCAUGCUUCAAAUGUUUCUCAUGCGGAGCCCCAUGAGAAGCAUUUUCUAAUGGUGUAUUGAAAUUUGUCAUGCUCCAAUCAGCAUGAGAGACUAGAUCUGUAAUGCUGGUGAACUAGCUCAAACAGUACUACGCUACGCGUCCAAAUUUGUCAUGCGAAACAGCCAAAGCUUGUGGAUUUGUCUAGCCGAUUCCCCAUCUUGACUAUGGGGUGGGUACGUUUUUACAUAGGAUAUGGUCGUGCCCCGCCGCAUCUUGCGCAUCAUUAGGCAGACGUACCGGAAGAUAGUGCAUCACUACGCGGAGUACUUCGGCAUCAAGGUAGUAAGCUCGAGUAAGACUGAUGAGGCGGCGUCCAACAGCAUGUUCUUCCAGUACCUGGCGCUGGGUGGGCAGCACAUCGUGCGGCGCGGCGCGACCGCCAGCACAAGUGUGUACUUCAUAGAAAACGUAUGCAAGAACAGAACUGUGUAUGUGUAAGUCAAAGUCUGUAAAAAUGCAAAGUGUGACAGGCGUGACUUUGGGGCACGCCGUGCCUCAAAGUCAUGCCUGUCAUGCUGGCCAGCCAUGAGCCCCAGCUUUCUCCUGUGUGUUUUCACGAACUAGCUGUGCAUGACAGGUUUUCUCUGUCGUUCAGAGCAAAUUUGUCAUGCUGUCACUGCAAUAGAAUCAAGACGCUUACACUAUACACCGUUUUUUCCCGCCCGACAAAACGCGGACGAAACGGUCAGGUUUAUCACAGGGGGAAGAGUAGCAUUUUGUCGCCAUAGCGCCCACAGCUCUGGGUGCCGGCUACAUGCAAUUUUUCAAGUAGCGCCCUGCGAUGACGAAGAUCCGCGACGCGUUUCCAUCCCCAGCUUGGUACCGCAGCCAAUCCCUUCCAUCGCCUUGCUCUGGCUUUUUUACUUUUGCGAAACCCAAAAAAUUUUUCCCCUCCUUCUUUUUUAUACUUGCGGAAUCAAUGGGCCGCCGCGAUCAUCAUCAUCCUAGUACUGCAGAGCCCGGCGCUUCGCCGGCCUGCACCCCCCGCCACUCCCCCGCGGGAGCCUGGCGGGGGUCUUUGGAGAUGAUGGACCACAGAACCCGAAGGUAGAGGAAUGGACAAGAGGGGGAAAGCUCUUGGUAGGGUAGUCAGAAUUGCCUUGCUAAAUACACGGAUUCGGGAGAAAAAUGGAAAAUGCGCGUUUUUUUCGCGUAUUUUCUGCCUCGUUUUCUUGUACUGGCUUGUACUAGCAGCCGGGGCAGUAAGGUGCCGCAGUUGUUAUCCACUUUGGCGGUUUUUACUGCGAAAAAAUCCGCCACCCAAGUAAGUCGUGUUUGCCUGUGGCUACCACGGCCUCAGAAGACAUGACGUUGUGUGUGCUGUGACGACAAAGAGCAUUUUUCCGAGGAUAAGCUGGGACCGCUACUUUGCGAGAAAAGAGAAGAUGUUCGAUGCGGCAGAAGUAGAGGAUUACUCAAGCGGCACAGCCACGCCCGUAUGCAGUGCAAAAUUACUUUAUCUUACUAUGUACUCAUCGCAACCAAGGUCCGGCAUGACAAAUCUCUUUGCUAAAGGUAAAUCCGUAACAGAGGUUGCAUUUGUCAUGCUGUGCCAAAUUGCAAAAGGAAGAAUGCGAAUGCGAUUUUCAUAGUAUGAUACCUUUGAAAUGCAUAGCCCGCACAGGAGCACAGCAGUUCCUCUUCGUCGACCGAGAGGGCUUACAAGCACGCGUCCGUAUUCCGUCCCGGCGUCUACGCCGAGGGAUACAAGCCGUGGAACAAGUUCAAGGACCCCCCCAAAGUGCUGGAAAGCUUGCAGUUUGACGGGGACGGCACCCCGCACUUAUGCAUGGCAAAAGUACUAUCGUAGUUUUCGUAGAAAUCGCAUGACAAAUUUCCCCAGCACGAAGACAAAGGGAAUCUGUCAUGCUGACAAUGUACCUUGGGAACUACAAGAUUUCUAAUUAUGCAUGACUGCAAGUGCAAUUACUACGUGUACGUAGAUCUACGAUGCUUUUGCAAUGCAAAGUACUUUUUCGAAGACGACGGGGAGUGGCGGUUCAUCACGCGGGCGGUGGGCAUCAAGGGGCGCGAUGUCGAGAGGGAGAGCAUGGACGAGCACAUGUUCUUCUCGCAGCACGAGGGUUUAUUUUUCGACGAAAAUGGGAGUAGAAAAACCAGAAAUAACAAACAGUUCAUGACGAACAAACCUACCACCUCCUCGGCAAUUCUGCAGUCGGAGCCCAUCGACCCAGCAGAGUAUGACGCAGAGAUUUCGCCCUUUGCGAGCAACGACUUGUUUUACCAUUUUCUGCAGUUGCUGCAGAUCCUGCAGGACCUUCUCUUUCACCGCGGCACGUGCCCCUGGGACGCUGCGGAUAACCGAAAACGCGGCUACUUGAUCAAGACCGCGCCCAUUGUGCCCAACGAGUUUUACUUCUGCGUGAACCCCUUCUGGGAGAGCGAGAACACCAUGUCCACGCAGUUCCGGCUUUUCGGGCUGUGGGCAGAGUGCGAAACAUUGUUGGAUGUCGUAACAAAGCGGGAUCGGGAGAAAAGACAAAAGCAAAACGACUCUGCAGGGGCUCUGGCGAAAACAAAGAACGAGUGCGAAGCCGCCAUUGACGUGGGGGCGAACUACGGGGCCUGUAGCAUGCGACUGGCCACGGCGCGCCGGUCCAGCGAGGCCUUCGAGUGGGAGCCCAUGCUGUUUCACGGGGCGGCGCAGUUGGCCGAGAUCGAAACGACGUUCAUCGGUCGGCCAGGAGCUUACUCGGGCAUUCCGGCACCGGAAUUGGCGCAGACCAUCUACAUUCCCGUGCUGGAGCGGUGGCUGCCGAGCAGUGCGGUAAGUCGUGUCGACGAGAUUCGGGACGAAGGCGGUGGAGGAACAUCUUCUUCAAGUACGCCGGCGUCCUCUGAAACGAGAAGCGAAGAUGCGAAAGGUGCCGCGGAACAACUACAAGAUGGGGCGAAAGCUGCAAGAAACCCAAACCCCCACUUGCUGCUCGAAAAGAUGCUUCCGGAGGCUAGCAACGGAGACGGCCGCAUGAGCGGGAUUUUCGUGCACCCGUUCUUGACGGAAGAUGUUUACAAGGUUUCAUCGGGGUCUUCUACUCUGGAAGAACGAAGCACGACUUGUCGUUCUAGCGGAUUGUUCUCGUUGGCGAGAAAGUGGGUCGAUUCAUCUGAUCUUCCGUUUAGUACCGAGAGCACGUCGCGGCAGACGAGCAGAAGUACUUCUGUAACACCUGCUGUACAACUAAAAGCCGACGACAGGCCACCAGAUGAAGCUCAUAUUCAUACCGCCUUGAGGAAUAUUAAAACUGGUGACUCAGAUUCUAAUUCUUCUAGUGCCAGUACCAGCACUACCUUCUUCCCGGCGACCGCUUUCGACCGACAGAAGAAGCGGGGGACCGGGUACCAGGUCGUUGCCGUGGAGCCUGUGCACUGGAACACGGCGUUCACGGGCGGGAGCAUCAAGGCCAACCAUCUGGAGCACCAGGUCAAGCUGUUUCAGGCGGCGGCAACUUCCUACGAGCUUGCAGAGCAGAGUGCGGAGGAAAAGCUGGUGUUCUCCGUGCCACACCAGGACACCGAGCUGGGUGGCUUGUUCUCCAAGGCACAAUAUCCUGUGUAAAAGUGUCGUGCUCGUAGCAAUCGCAAUCAAGCAUGACAAAUGUUUCUCCUGUAGCUUAAUCAGCAUUACAGAUUGCAUUUGCAUUUGUGAUGCUCUUGCGCUAAAAAUUUGUAUUGCGAUACGUACUAGUGCGAUGCUUUUGCAAUGCAUACACCACUAAACGUCACGGACGACCAGCAGCGGACUGAUUUUGACGAUGUCCCUUUGCGCACCUUGGACGAGAUUGUGAACACCGCAGGGUCGAAAAGUGACAAGAGUCACGUUCUGGCAGAGGAUGGUACAGUAGGGACGAAGGAUCAUACCAACAACUACAAAGGGCAAGAAAUCCAGCGGCUAGCGGCGGUAGUUUACGGGACCAAAAUGAAUGAAACUGCACGGGACGACGACGAGAACUACCCGAUGGUACUCAGUGCAAGAAGAAGAUCAACUUCAUUGGACAGUACCACAGGCACGACCCUCAACAAGAAUCCGUUUCAUUUCCCCGUGCAAAACCUUUGCCUGCUGAAAACAGACACCGAAGGGCACGAUCACGAGGUCGCGCAGGGGGCAAGGGAGCUUUUGAAGAAGAUGCGCAUUGAGUAUAACACCCUUCCUGUCGUAUCCGCCGAAAUCAACGCGGACGCGCAACACCGGAUUUACCGCCGGACCGACGCGAAAGCGGGCACAGAGCUGCUGGACUUCUGCGACGCGAAUGGGUUUGGGGACAUCGUCAGCACCGCGCCACUAUCCUGUGCAAAAGUAUCGUACUCGUUGUAUUGCAGUCAUGCAUUAAAAAUCUUUUUCUCAAGGUAAAGCAGCAUUUACAAAUUUAAUUUCUCAUGCUGAGGAAAUCUGUAAUGCAUUUAUAUAUACGAGUUCGAGAUCGAGUACGAAGAUACUUCUGCAGUUCAUAGCCACGGGUUACGACCGCGGAAGAACUCAAAGACGAGCACAGGGGACAGCAGAGACAGCUCUUGCCGGGCCAGGUCGCGGAAAAAAUCGUCGGGAAUGGAAGUGCCGGCGAUAGUUCUGGCGAAAAUGUUGCAGAUAAUCAAAAACUGAUUGCGAAAGCGACGAGAACAAACGCGCAGAUCAUGAAAGGCCACGACGCCGAUACGCUACACCUAAAGUAUGAGCAGGAGCUGGGGCGGAGUUUGCCGUUUGUGUGGUUUCUGCACGCGCAGUGGUCGGAGACGAUGUCUGACGCGAUAGCCGACGUAAAACUAGAGUUUUUUGAGAACAACGACAAUAACAGUCUACUGAAAGUAGAACGCACUGCUUCUACUGCUCGAGAAGAACAUCCAGUUCCGGUUGCCGUACCGUACGACCGAGAUAGCACUGCUGAGGAUGAGGAAAGGAUCCGCUUCGCCCGGGUAACCGUCGGUGCGCCGGUGACAAAAUUCGUUUCAUCUUCUUCUUCCCAAGAACAAUUAUCUUCGGCCGACGCCUUUACUAGUUUUGCGAAGCGGCUUUUUUCCCUGGUAAUAGACCAAACGUGGGUCCCGCCCGGAGCCUUCCAGGACCUGGAAAGGGAGAAGAAAAUUCAGGAAAGCUGCAAUUCCAAUUCGGUUGGUGAAAACAGCGACACUGCUGCGACGAAGGCAGGAGCAGUAAGAACCUGUGUUCUCGUAAUCGACUUGUCUGCGAUCCGCAGCCAGCACCGCAAGUGGCGCCUGCAGGUGAACGAGGACAUGCUGGCGAAAAGAGCCAAAGCGAGCUUCCAGUUUAGCGUCGCCGACCAGGACGCUGCUACGUGGAGGCCGAAGACACCGCGGCUUUACCAGCUAAUUCCAUCAUUGAUGCAGCUCUGUUGGCAGGGGUGCGCGGACCUAAGUUUUUCAGCGGAGAAAUGCCGCUGCCUGCAUUUGAAGGAGCAUGAUCUACUUGUUCAAGGGGAGGAGGACACCAGCGCAACAACUCCAACUAUUAUGGAGCACUCGACGUCGCAAGGUCGUCGUGCAGCUUCCAAAACAUGCACGUUGUUUCGCUCCUGUGCGGGCGCGAGGCCGUGUGCGGGAUACGGGAAACAUGCACCACCAGGGGAAGAGGAGGAGGACACAACCAGUGCUGCUACUGUCGAAAUGUCCGCCCGGGAGGCGGCUUUGAGUAGUCUACGCAGCACCAGCUCUCUCGACAAGAACACGCUGAAGGGAUUUGACCACCUGAACUCCACGGAAGAAGUGGAAACGCUGUUGGAGGUCUUCGGCCGGAAUCCGCUGCAGGGUUUCGGGAGCGUGCGGCCGCACCGGGACCACGCGCACUUCGUGGACUGCGCAACGGCCGAGUUCGGAGACACGACAUUGGCGUGGCCAAAGGAGGAGUUCAGACACGAAGAGGCUCCAGACCUCCGUGGCAUAGAAACUUCUAAGAGGCUCCAGGAAAUGAAUAAAUGUUCUUGAACUACGCUGUUGUAAUGCAUGGUAUGACGGAUGAUAAUGGGCGAGGGCGACUACAGCUUUGUUGUGACUUUAUUCUUUUCGAUCUUGUUCCACGGGAAAAUAAGCAGGAACCUCGCAAGGAAGUACCGGAGAGAUGAAAUUUUGUCCCUUUUGGAC